CGCCGUCCCCAGGUUUCCGCGCCAGCGAGGUCCAAUAACGUCUCACCCUCGUCUUCAACCUUCUCAUCAAUAUGCUUUGCCUUCGGUGUACGGCUCUGCCGACCGCUUUCAGGUCCUUUGCGGCCCCAGCAACCAGACUCACCUCCGCACCGCUCACAUCCACCGCAACCUCUCUAUCAACACCGUUCCGUGCCCUCUCCUCCACGACCCUCUCCUCGCUCCGCCUCCCUCAACAACAUCUCCCCUCCCAGAGCCUCAUUACCUCUUCUUCCACCACUACUAUCCGCUCUCUGCUCUCCACCAACAACUCCUUCGCAAACCAACAGACCCGCUCCUUCUCCGCUAGUGCCUCGUUGGGCGGAAAGCGCGAUACUUACAACCCCUCCCGGAGGGUGCAGAAGCGCCGUCACGGAUUCUUGGCUCGGUUGCGCUCGCGAGGUGGACGGAAGAUUCUGUUGCGGAGAAGGGCUAGGGGGCGGAAGUCGCUGAGCUGGUAGAUUGGAAUGCGUUGUUUGGUGGUGAUGGGUUCCUUGAUUUUUGUUCAAUCUCAUAUUGUGUGUGGGCUGUGUACUAUGAUGUUUAUUGCUCUUUGAUUUUUGCGGUAUCUGGAUUUACUUUACUUAUGGGGAAGUUCGGUGAUGCGUCUUGUGCUCUGUGACCCUCAGAGUAGGUUGACAUGAGGAGAUUCAGCUUGGGAUAUGCCGAGCGGACCUUGCUCGCGUCAGGGAGGGUAUCCUUCGCGUUACUGGGAUGGGGGUGGUAUGAUUCUAGGGGUUCUAUCUAGCUACCAUCAAUAGGACGUUGUCCUAUGUGUACCAUAUACAUAUUUAUACAUAGAUAUCUCAUUGUCACGUG